CCAAUCUUUUCUGCCAUUCUGCAAUUUCUUUUUCGUGUAUUUCAUCAGGCAUCUACUAAAUAAUUAAGAUAUGGAUCCAAGGUUACGAAGCUGUUAACAAUAUGUGUUUGGUUAAUUUUGUGAUUUAAAAUAAAUUCAAUAAAACAGUGGUCAACAUGAGUGUGUUUAAGUCUGCGAUGGGGUACUUCAGCUCUGGAGGUGCCAACGGUGGCAGCGAUAAUGAUUUUGUUGGCCAAUUUGUUGAAAUUGGGAAUAUGAAAUUAAGAGUAAAAAAAGUUAUCGCCGAGGGUGGUUUUGCAUUUGUGUUUGUUGCUCAAGAUGUAUCAUCAGGAGCAGAAUAUGCCUUGAAAAGGCUAAUGGCUGCAGAUGAACAAGCUAACAAAAAUAUUAUACAAGAAAUUAGUAUAUUAAAGAAGCUAUCUGGACACCCUAACAUAAUAAAAUACAUAGCUGCUUCAUUUAUUGACAAAGGGAAAACUAGCCAUGGAAUGGGGGAGUAUUUACUAUUAACAGAUCUAUGUAGUGGUGGAAGCUUAAUGGAAGCAUUGCAAAACAGAGGGCAGGCAUUUCCUCUUCCCACAAUUCUUAGAGUGUUCUACCAGACAUGUAAAGCAGUACAACAUAUGCAUGCGCAAGUGCCUCCAAUAGCACAUCGUGAUCUCAAAUUAGAAAAUUUCCUAAUAUCAAAUGAAGGUACAAUUAAGUUGUGCGAUUUUGGUUCUGCCACAACAGAUGUGUUUGCUCCUAAUCCUUCAUGGAGUGCAAAUCAAAGGAAUAUGUUGGAAGAGAAUUUGGCCCAAUUUACAACUCCAAUGUAUCGUGCCCCAGAGAUGCUAGACACCUGGGAUAACCGUAAAAUAGAUCAUGAAGUGGAUAUUUGGGCCCUAGGAUGUAUACUAUAUACAUUGUGCUACAUGCAACAUCCCUUCGAAGACUCCGCUAAGUUGGCCAUACUGAAUGGAAAUUAUAAUUUAAACCCCAACGAUCAACGCUACAAAUGCUUCCAUGAAAUUAUCAAUGGUUGUUUGACGGUGAAUCCCGAGGUGCGGCUGUCGAUAAGCAGUGUGCUGGAGCGGCUGGCGGCGAUAGCGGAGUCAAACAACAUCAAUCUCAAGCAACCACUCAAAUUUGAGCGUAAAAAAGUUGAACAAUCUGUGGCCACUAGCUCGCCAGCGACCAGGGAAGUGGCACCUACAAGUCAAGAGCCUGCCAAUCCUCGGCCGCCGGAACCAACUCGUCCGCCGCCACCCGCCCGGCCGCCCGCCGCCCCGCAUUACCACGCCCCGUUGCCACAAGCACCGCCCACUUCUGGAGGUCUAUUCUCUUCAAUAAAAGAUGGCGCUGGAAGUUUUUUGAAAAAUUUAAAAGAUACCUCUUCUAAAGUAAUGCACACCGUCCAACAGUCCAUAGCGCGUGCUGAUUUGGAUAUAAGCUACAUAACUAGUCGCGUAAUCGUGAUGUCUUAUCCUUCGGAAUUGUUAGAGAGCGCAUAUAAAACAAACCAUAUAGAAGAUGUAAAAAUGUACUUAGAAAGUCAUCACCCAGGCGGUAAAUACUGCGUGUAUACAGUGCACGACGCGCGCGCACGCUUCCCCCGCCGCCAGCUCGUCACAGAUACCUCUUUGUGGCCCACCGAAGAGCACCGGGCCCCAUUACUUGCACCGUACUACGCGCUUUUACAGCAUAUGUAUCAGUAUUUGGGGAAAGACGAUAAAUCUGCACUUGUGAUCGCUUGCCAGGACGGUAAAUCGAGAUCCUGUAUGUUGCUCUGCGGACUCUUAAUGUAUGCGAAACUAGUGUCGGUUCCUGAAGACGCCCUUCAGAUAUUUGGCGUGAAGAGAACACCCAUCAACAUGCCGCCGAGUCAACUCCGAUAUUUGUACUAUCUUAGCAACAUUAUUAGACCAGAACCAAUACUCCCUCAUUUUAGGCCUGUUUCAUUAGUCUCCCUUACCGUGCAACCUGUGCCACUGUUUACCAAAGCAAGAGAUGGUUGCAGACCGUUUCUUGAAGUUUUUAACGAAGACCGACUGAUCUCACCUCCUUUAAGAAGUUAUGAAAGUAUGCAUCUAUACAAUAUGGCUGAAGGAAAGGUAACUCUUCAGUUGGACAGUACUGUGGUGGGUGACGUGACGGUGGUGCUAUACCAUGCCAGACAGCAGUUGGGUCGUUUGCAACGCGUCCCUAUGCUAACGGUCGCUUUCCACACCGGCUUUCUGCGCUACGACCAGCAUGUCAUCAAGUUCACUAGAUCAGAAAUCGAUGGCAUAGACGAAUCAAGUGCAGUGAACGAUCAUUUUUCUUCCAAUGUGACCGUAGUUAUCAGUCUCGUGGUUCAAAACGGGGAACGACGUAAGCCACGCAGCGAUAUCUGGGAGGAAGAUCAUUCCUUCCCCAUACGGACGCCGGACGUUCUGUUCUCUACUUCACUGGAGAGAGAUGAGACCAUAGACAACUUUGCUAGUCUACGAAGCAAUCCAACAUCCAUGCCCUCCACAAUCACCACAGACUAUCCACCAAGGGAGCCCGAAAAGCGACCCCAGCGCCCAGCGCCGCCUGCCCCUCACCGCCCCCCGCCGCCACAUAGAGACACUCAAACACCACCCGCUACGAAUACAGCGGACUUUUUAAAUAUCGCCUCCGAGAAACAAUCUCAACAGAAACCAGCUAGUGAAAAAUUGAAGAGUGGAGACUCGUUUGACUUUUUCGGAAUGAUGGAGAAGCCUACUGAGGAAUCUUUCGGUGACUUCCUCAGUAACAAAGCCACGGAUAAUCCACAGCCGUUUUCGUCUGAGUCUAUCUUCGGUGACCUACCAGCGCCACCAACUACCGCGUCAAGCAAAGUUAAUUCGAGCGACCCUCUCACUUUUGAUCCAUUCGGUUUAAACGAUCCGCUGCCCAAGCAAGAGCCAUUACUUGCUCCGCUGAUCAAAGAAGAUGUGCGACCUCAAACCAUUCCAACGGAGCAAGUCCAGAACAAGCGGGACCCGUUCGCGGAUCUCGGUAUGUUGGGCGCCGGGCUACCGGCCACAACUCCCGUUGCAACGCCUCUAGUCACGCCUAUGGCGACCCCCAUGGUGACCCCUAGAGACUCUCCCGCGCACACUCCUGCGCAUCAGCCUCAUACGCCCGCCAGGUCACCGGCUCAUCAACCUGACUAUAGCCGAACACACUUUGAAACAGCAAAGACGCCAGCCGGCCAAGAAGAAAAGGGUAAGAAAUCUACGGACGUAUUCGGCGAUCUUUUGGGCAGCCAAGGAUAUGAGUUUGCUAAGCGCGAAUCUGGGCCCAGAACAAUGAACGCCAUGAGGAAAGAAGAGAUGGUUAAGGAAAUGGAUCCGGAUAAAUUGAAGAUUCAUGAAUGGACGGAGGGCAAGAAGGCGAAUAUCCGUGCGCUUCUGUGCUCUCUACACACUGUGGUCUGGGAAGACUGUCGCUGGUCGCGAGUGGAUAUGUCACAGCUGGUAUCGCCCGCUGAUGUCAAGCGCAGCUACCGGAAAGCUUGUCUCGCCGUACAUCCGGACAAGCAAAUGGGCACACCGAAUGAGAAUUUAGCGAAAAUGAUAUUCAUGGAGAUGAACAACGCGUGGAGCGACUUUGAGAACGACGCCAAACAACAAAACCUGUUCCAGGCAUAAUCUUAUCGUAAGGAGUUCCCAUUGCAAUCGUAGCUCUUUUAUUUCGAUCACUAAUGAAAUGUUUUUUUUUUUACACAAAGACGUCAGCAGCAAAUUGUUCGGCAAAUGACAGUGCGGUCAGCUGUAUGCUAUGUUAUAAAAAAUAAGCUUUAUUUGCUAUACUUCGCGUAAAGCUGGAGAAUCUGUAUGAUGUAAUAAUGUAUAAUUUCUUCUAUACUCCACACCAAACAGAUCUUCGGCAAUGUGACUGCUUCUAUCAACGUCAAAUUCAAUGUAUGCUAUAUGGCUUUACAGUGCAACCUCGAUAUUAUUAAUUCAUUGAAUCCAGUUUCUGUUGAGGUUUGGUUGGUCCCAUUUUUUUAAUACUUAGUUAAAAAAAUGUUUUAUUUACCUCAACAUUGUUCUUGGUAGUUGGCAAGGUUUUGGUUUGGCAACCUUUGUUAAUUAGAGGUAUUUACACUUUUGUUCAUAAUUGUAAAGGUUUAUCUCACAUUGAUUAUAAUGGACAUUUUUGUUUUUACUAAGAAUUUGUUUAAUCGAGAAAGUCAUUACAUUAUAUUAAGGACUGCACUGUAUUAUCGGACGAAUAUUGGUAGGUAAUAACAAUAAAUACUUCAUAUUUCGCUAUGUACUUAUAUAAAUUAGGCUGAACCGCACUGGACGAAACUGCGCUAUUUAAGGAUCUUUAUAUGAAACUAGUUCUACCCGCGUAUGCUUCCUUACUAAUGUUAUAAGUGUAUUUUCUGCUGUGCGAAAGCAAUCCAGACGAUCAAACUCACUUCCGAAAGAAGUACUAAAGGUAUAUAAAAUGUAUCGAAGUUAUUAUAAUAACGAGAUAAAAUAAAAUGCACAAUAGAUGUCUUCAAAUGAUGAUGAUGCGUUCUCUUACACUAUCAUAUUAUGAUUGUGCCUGCAUUUCAAGCACCCAUAGUUUUUCCGUUUCGUACGUUUUCUUAUCGCCGCCGCUACCACAUGGUUGCUGGGUCUUCGCAGGUCGAUUAACUGCAGUACCCGUGCUGUUGCUCAUAUUAAUGUAUGCCAUUUCGAUAUAUUUUUUAUCCUUGUUAACCUGCUGCUACCGCAGGUUCGUGUGCUAUACAGCUUCAGCGAUCUUCUCCCCUUGGCCUUCUUCCGAUUUUCUUAGGAAAGGCGGCCCGUGGAACCAUCUGUGGUUCGCAUUAAAGUUGCUCGGCGUUUCUCUUGUCACGUCGGCUACAUUUUCCUUAGCAGACAUUUCAUUCCAUUUCCGCUAGCCUGUGCGCUACCGACGUCUUGAAGGUACGCGGCUCCGAUCGGCUACACUAGUCAGUACGUGAAUCUGACCAAUAGAUUUUCCUUGAGAAUUCGAAGUCGUGUUCCUCUUAGGUUCUUUUUGCUGUGCGCCCAGAGCAGCUUGCAGUUCUAGCCGAAGUAUAGAAGUGGCCUUCAGUGGAGCAACUCGACUUCUCGCGGUGGUCAAGGCGACGUGCGUUGAUCCGUCGGCUCGUUCCAUACGUACGAAGAUCGCGGUUGAGUAAGCUUCGUGACUUGCAUCUAUGAACACGUACAGCUGUCCUUCGACGAUCGUCGACUCAACAUUAUAUACGCAGAGUAUCUAUAGCUCGAAGUUUAUUUAGCCAAGAUGUCCACCUUAGUUGUAGCUUCUCCGGGUUUAUCCCAACCGGUUCCAUGUUUCGAUUUUUCUUGCAUUAACUUCUUCGCCAGCGUGAUGAGCGGCGAGAUUAGACCUAGUGGGUCCAAAAGAGACAUGAUGACACUCAGGGCUUCUCACUUCGUUGGUGAUCGCGUGUAUUCGUGGAUUCGUCUUCUCUAUGUUCAACCGGAACCGUGGUUCUUCUCCGCAUUGGCGCCGCAUAUAGGUACGAACCGCAUGACGAUACUGAUUGUAGCAUGUCGUUCAGGCUCCAAUUUUGGAAACCGCAUCUUUAUAUGACCUCGCACCGCACCACCGAAAAUAUAAAUAUGAACCGCGUGCUGCCCCCGCGCCACCUCUGUAGAGCACUUUUGCCGCGUAAACAUGCAUCUAUUCUUAAAUUAAUAUGUUAUUUCUAUUAUUAUUAUUUUAAACUAUCAUUUUCACCAGUUGUUUUCCUAAUACUUACAAAAUUAAUUAUGUCAAGGUUUCCUAGUGUUUAUUAACUUUAUGUACCUCUUAGGUCUUAAAUAUCUAAAAUCGGUCAGAUGGCCCGGCAGAACGUUAAUUUUAAGAAAUGAACUGCUUAUUUUAUCGAUAGCAAGCUCUAUUGCUAAGUUAUAAAUUUUAUAAAUAUUAAUCCUAAGAUGUACUUUCUACGUGGUUGUAGGCAUUUAUCGUAGUCAUCUACCUAAACCGAAAACAUAAAUGUAUAUACAGUUAAUAUUAAUUUAGAUUUUUCUUCAGAAAGUUAUAAAGAAUUCAAAUAACGUUUUCUCUAAUAACUCGAUUCUGAUUGGUCAAGAGCCCUUUGCUUACUCGUUAGCGACAUCUCUGCCUACGACCUUGCGCUGCGAGGGGUUUGUCAUGCUGCCAUGCACAAUGUUAUUAUCGAGAAAGCCAUAAUAAUGUAUUGUAUUAAAGCGAAAGUAUGUCUUUUUUAUUAUAGCAUAGAUAAUAUACAUAAAUUAAAUAAACAUUAACGUAUUAACGCGGUGAACAGUGUCCUUAUAUUAUGAUAAGCAUCCUUCAAAGCUUGAUUACCGAAUUAGUUAGAUAUUUGCAAUCCGAUAGGCAUUUUUCUCCUUCGAAUAAUUUUAUCAAGAUCUCUUACUAAUUGGUGCGCGGGAGAGUUUGCGGUUUCCUGAACGCAUAAUAUAGAUCCUACCUUUUAUGAAGGCUUAUAUAAAAACGAUAAAAGUUUUCUAUUGCCAGACAUAUUAAAAGUCAUUACCCUUUAGAAAGUUCAGAAAUAUGUGAAAACGUUACUAGUAACAUCGCUACUUUUAUACGAUGAACAGCAAUUUCAAAAUAUUUACAUUCAUUCAUACAAUUAGUUUUAAUAUUGUGAUGAUAGAUUAUUCUUUUGCAAAGCCAGAACGUGUGUUUACAGAGAUAUCUUGCUUUAACGACGAGAUCUAAAAAUAUCGUGCCAUAAAUCAAUGAGUUGUGGAGGAUAUAGAGACAACCCUUAUCACCUAUCCGCGUCAAAUCUGAAAACUACACAUUUAGUCACACAGUCUAUAGUUAGUUGUCAGUCUCGAAUUGAUUCCUGGUUUAGUUAAUAUUUUAUUCUUAAUAUUGGUCUGCGAUCAGGUUAAGCCAUCGAUCGCAGUCAUUUUCAUCAUUUAUGGUUUCGCAGUGAUCACGGUAUCUAAGCUUUUGAGCAGCGUAGUGGCUUGUGGCUUUAUACUAAGGGAGACCUGUGCCCAGAUGUGGGCUUCGAUUAAGCUACCGGCAUUAGGUUAGGUGCUUAGAACUUUCUUGCAGAAUAUUCGAUGGUAAAAACUAUUUAAGCACUAAACUAAACUACCGUGCUGUUAACGUUAUCCGCGUUUUAUUAUGAAUAUGAAUUUGGAAGUCAGUAGCUUAGUUAGUUAUUUUAAAAACACAUAUAUAUUUAUUUAUUUUUGUAGAUUAUGUUUGAGAAAAGGGAUUAAUCCUUUUUGCUCUUCAAUGUAAUAAUCGCGACUAAACCAUUAUAAUAUUAUUUAUGUAUAUAUACAUCAUAAGAAAUUCUAUACAUUUACUAUACGGCUGUUUGUUAGAAUAAAUAUAUUUAUAUUUUGACUUUAAUGAACAAUGUUUUACUUAUUCGUUAUAGACAAAGUCUGAAAUAGUACUUACAAGGUAAUUGAUCGUUUGUUUGUAAUUUUUGGCUUUAAGGGUUUAGUAUUAGUGUAGCAAAUCACACAUCAACACGAUUUAUUGAAACGGUGGAGUUAUUAAAGUUUCUCAUACUAAUUUAAGAAUACAAUAAAGAAAGAUUUUUCAGUAGGAUCAUACCUAAGUAUUUAUUAUAUUGUAAUCCGAGCGUAAUGGAAAUGGGUAGUUAAUGAUAUUUGUAUACAUUAAGCUCUUAUUGUUAAGUUUCCACAUUCCUGGUGAUGUAAAUCGGAAUAGGAGUUCAUUAAUGUAACGCUACGUUGUCAGAUAUUUAUAACGUUAUAAGCUUCUGAAUAUGGCUCUUAAACAUAAUUAUUAUUGCCAUCUUCAAUUAAUAAGGAACUAGAUAUUUAAUCUCAUACAGAAUUAGCAGAAAGCAUUUGUUUUUAUUUUUGUCGAUGUUUUUCAGUUUAGCGUAUAUAUCUUAUAAUAUGUAUGUCCUCAUUUAAAUUUAGAUUUCGUCAGUUAAAUUGUUAAAAAUGCAAUAAAAAAUUAAAUAAAAAAAAAAUUUUGGACUUUAAGCCACGAACGCAUUGGUUUUUUCACUAGCCAACUAACGAAAAUCGGCUAUAAAAUCGUGAGUUAAUUUAUACGAAAGGUGUGAAUUAACUCACGAUUUUAUAGCGGACAGUUUGACGACUGCAACAAGUAUAUUAUUCAUCGAAGAUUGGCUGUAAUGUAACAGCUUAGCACACUUAGACAACCAGUGUGAGUGGUUUAUAUUCCUCAUAAGGUAUAUUUGACAGUUAAUUUUUUUACUAGUAAAAUGAAAUUUUCACAUAUAGGUGUAAAGCUUAUUUACUAAAUAUAUUUUAAAGAUUCCUUUAUUAUUCUUUAAUUGAAAUGUAUUUAAAGUAUUGCAAUGUCAUUAAUAGAAAAUUCUUACUGAACUUUUUCGUUGAGCCAGUGCAAGUUGUUCCUAGAUAUUUUAAAUAGCCGCUUUUACUAGGGCCUAAAAACGAAGUAUUAUUGAACCUUGUUAAAUUUAACAUUUUAUUUGUGUGUAUAUUUUGCUUGAAUAUUGAUAACUUGUAUAUGUUCUGGUCAUUAACGAAAUGUUCGAAAAAAUAAAUGAAUAUGGCAUGUA